AUUGACCUAACAAGAGCCUGAGCAAAGGGCAAUAAAUGGGUGAAUGAACUAUUUGUACAUUUUAGCCUUUUGUGAAAUUAUGUAAGAACAGAGCAACGACAACGUUCGAGCUUCAAGUAGGCAACUCUUGUGGCUCGACCGAAGGAAGAUCUACACUUUUUACAGCUGUCAGCAAAAAUAUUUUGGAUGAGAGUUCCCCUUGUCUCCUUGCACAUUCUACCUUUAGUCUCUCCCAGACACACAGUCAACCCACAGAGGCGGGGCUUAUGUGACACAGCCAUGCGUCUGGUCCAGUUUCUUCGGCAUGGUGAUGCAGGUGGCGAAAGGGUCAGAAUAGGAGUGGAGCAGGGUGAAGGGCUUGGCGUGGUGGACCUGAGGGCGUUUGACCCUUCCAUGCCCUCGAAGAUGAAAGAGCUGCUGGAACUCGGAGACAAAGGUCUGGAGCGUGCACAGAGGGCGCUGUCAUCUGGUCAGUGCGUGUUGAAGCGUUCAGACAUCAGGCUGUUGUCUCCUAUUUUGGCCCCGGAGAAGGUGGUGUGUGUGGGUAUGAACUACCGUGACCACUGCUUGGAGCAGAAUGCCCCAAUCCCCAAAGAGCCCAUCAUCUUCAGCAAGUUUCCCAAUGCCAUCACAGGGCCAUACGAUGAUAUUGUUCUACCCUCUGAGAGCCAGGAGGUGGACUGGGAAGUGGAACUGGCUUUUGUGAUUGGACGAAAAGGAAAGCACAUUAAAGAGGAAGAGGCACUCUCUUAUGUGGCGGGCUUCAUGGUGGCCAAUGACGUCAGCGCGCGCGACUGGCAGAUGAAGCGCAACGGAAAGCAGUGGCUGCUGGGAAAGACCUUUGAAAGCUUUUGCCCUCUCGGCCCUGCGUUGGUAACCACUGAUGCUGUGAGAGAUCCUCACAACUUGGGCAUUCGCUGCCUGGUAAAUGGAGACACCGUCCAGAGCAGCAACACUGACCAGAUGAUCUUCAAGACUGAAGCGCUGAUCUCUUGGGUGUCAAAGUUUGUGACGUUAACUCCGGGUGAUGUGUUCCUGACAGGCACCCCUCCUGGCGUCGGUGUGUUCAGAAAGCCACCCGUCUUCCUCAAGAAAGGAGAUGUGGUGGAGUGCCAACUAGACCAGCUAGGCACCAUCAUCAACACAGUCAUCUAAACUUAUGCCAAACCCAUCCACAUUAUCAGCUGCACUUUUCAUCCAACAGUAAAGUACUAGAAGAAAUGAAAAAUACCUUGAUUGUUUCCUGCUUGAUUGAGACAACUCGUUAACUGGAAGAUAUGGUUUUAUGUAGUAAUUGGAAGAAUGUGUCGGGGAAAGCAUUGGUGUAAAGAGGGCAAUAGAGGGCAUGCCUCUUACCCAUUCGGCGGUUUUGGACGUGCAGAGUUGGCGUUACAUCCUGCUUGAGACCAACCACUAAACUGCUGUAGUUUAGUCAUUCUGUGAAAUUUCCACCUGAAAAUGAUCAUAAAUUUCAGCUGUGAUUGUUCGCAGAACACCACAGAUGGUAAUUAUUUUUCGUCUUUAAAGAGCAAGCAAAUACUACUUUCUAUGUGGGUGUGUGUGUAUUGGUUGUGCCUCAGAACUGAACAGUACAUGCAGGGCAACUCUGGGGGGCAGUAGAGUGUCAUGCUGACUUUGCACUGCUGCUGGAUUUUGCAUCUUGUCUGUACAUACUGUAUUGAUGCUGCUGUAGGUGUUUUGGUCAAUCUCCUGAGGUGCAACCUAUGACUGUUGUUACAAGAGCAAUGACUAUGAAUUGCUGAAGAAAUACAAUUUAAAAAUUCAGACUCCUUGUUGUCUUUAUAAACCAAAAUACUCAAUUUUGCAUU